CAUCCUUCCUUCUCCGACAUUGAUACCUAUUAUAGUAGGUGAAAAAAGUGUAGACAAGCAAAUGCUUAGCAUUAACAAGUAUGGUGUUUGAUUCCCUUGAUAGAUGUCUACAUAAUAAAAGGACGAGUUUCAAAAAACAAUUUAGGCGGGCGAAACCACAGCCUGACGUGUCAACAACAUCUUCGUAAAUAAUUGUCCCUCCCACCAAUUCUUCCAUUUCUUCCAGGGUUUUAUUUGACGAGGGUAGUUUCGCUUGAAUGCUGUGGAUUUCGAGGGAUCAAUUUGAUUCAAGCACAAAAGAGCGAUGGAGAGAGAAAAGGGGGAAACCAGCAAGGGGCAAGCCCGUAGUUCGUUAGAGGAUAAAACUGACAAUAUAUUUGGUUCACUCAAUUUUGAUCCACAACUGUUCGUAAAUGAUGUGAGAAAUGCUGUGGAUGAUGUUCUUGAUGAAGGAUUUGGUUUCUUCAAAGAGCAAGCUCCAAAUGUGUUGGGCCUCAAGGAUGAUGCGGUAGUCGACAAACUAUCAAAGGCUAUAGAUACUAUCCAGUACACAGUUCAAUUAAAGCUUGACAAACAACUAGAUACCUGGGAAAGGUAUUGCAUCAUGCAUUGCUUUGACAUUCCAAAAGGACUAUCAUUUCCGGAAAUGAAUUAUCCCUACAACAGUCCUUUGGAAUCAUCACGUGAAGAUGAGUCAUCAGAUAUGGAUUUGGACAGUCGGCUAGAAUCUUUACGUGAAUCGCUUGUUGCUGCAGGGAGGAAAUCUGCUGAGUUGCGAGGAGAGCUCUCUAUCUUGGAGAGACAGGCUGCAGUAAAUGCCCGACGUGCAGAGGUCUUAGAUGAUGCUUUGCAACCUUUGGAAGAAAAUACCACACAUGAUUUUACUACAGAGUUUAUAAGAGCAACUUCUGUACUCCGUGAGAAACUGGAACAUUGGAAGACUGAAAGAAGGGACAAAAUGGAAAACCUACGUAUUGAGAGGAUUAGAAGCCCAAAUAUAUAUAACAUCAAAAGAAAAUACUUUCCUGGUUUUGAAGCAAAUGUGGAUGAUAUGCAACAAUUUGUAAACAAUUUCAAGGGUAUUUAUCAAAGCUAGAUACGCUGCAGAUUAAUCACUGAGGGCUUGGUUUCAAAGUCUUAUUCGCCAGGGAUCACCAUGUGUGAUCAUAGAACUUGUAAUUCAUUCAAAAUUACUAUAGACCAAACCAAUGAGGAUGCAGCUUCAGCAUUAACUUAAUCGUUUGAGUUCCACUCCUCUGACCUGAUAUAUUAUGUUUUAAUAUUGUGGCUACUCAACAUUUUUUAAUGUUCUACUUACCAAUGGUUUAACGAAUUGUCAUUGUAAAUAAUUAAUUGGUUAAUUGUUAAUUUUGUUUUCCCAUUUAAAUAUUUAUUGAUAAAAUGGGGGCCAAUAUAUUUGUCAAGAAGCUAAUCUCAAUUUUUUUUUGGCUUGUUUGUUGAGC